UUUUCUUUUUCUUGUUUGAAACAAUUGCCAUGACUAGUUCUCUGUUCAUGUUCGGUUCUUGGAUUUAUUUUUCAGUGUUAUUGCAUCGGUUCUUUUUUUUUCUUCUGAUUUUUCUGUUGUGGGUUCGUGCUCCUUCGGUGUAGGAUCGUUGUCAGUCUGUCUGAAGGAGUUCUUUCUUCUCGAGUUUCUUGAGCUCAUGUGAGGAUUCCAGGGUUGCGUAUUUCCGAUUUGCGAGUGAAAGAUAUGGCAUCUUUGCAUUCGCGUUGACGAUUUUAGUGUUUGUGGAGACAACCAGCGUCAGGCCUGUAGUUUGUAGUUCUUCCACUAUGAUGAUGCGGUCCAUGACUCCAUGAGGAUUCUGUGAGUAGUAUGUAAUGUGUUCCGGAGCCUGGUUUUAGGUUGCCAUUUUGGAGUUCGUACUAUCAAUAAGUUCCAGUUUUUGGUGUUAUUGUUCUAAAACUGCUUGAAAGACAGUAAUAUGGUUCCUUGAGAGAUAUCUGUGUGUCUGAUUAUUUUUUUUUUCAUCGCAUCAAAAGGGAAUUCUGAUAUGCAUUCAGAUAUGUUUCUAGUGAUAAUAAUGCCAGAUUAGUUCACCAGUAAUAUCUGACUUAGUUCCUGUCCAAUUAGUAGUGUUCUUUUGUGCAAGUUGGUCCUAGUUUCGUGUAUUAUCAGUGUUGUCGGUUGUCACCAUACUUUGUGAAUGGUCUGAUCUUCUGAUGUGACAUGAGUUGGGAUGGCAAAGUUUGACCAAAGAUUGUUUUGACAAAGCACUAAGCAGUAAGCUGCUUCCAUCUACUACUACUAGUAAUUCCAUAUCUGUGGUUUGCAUAUACAUAUCAAUCUUGCUGUUGACCCAAAUACCCACCACCUAACGCAUGGAGACACAUGCUCACACGUUCAAAGACUUUUGGCAAAUUCUGAAUUGUGUACUUCUUGGCAGGACAGGCAUAGCUGUUAGAGCUUCCAUGAGGUGGAUGCAAUAUCUCAAUUGCUAAGAUCUGCGGCGAAAUGGGGAGGAUGAAAGGGGUUUCUGAGGGCCUGAUCAUUGGAAUAACAGUUGGAGUGGUGAUAGGGGUGCUGCUGGCAGUUGGGAUACUUCUGUGCUUGAGGUAUCGGCGAUCUCAGGCACAGAUAAGGAGUAGUAGCUCAAGGAGGGCAUCGACGAUUCCCAUCCGCGCCAAUGGUGUUAAUGCUUGCACGAUACUCUCGAACUCCACUACGGGGCAGGAAUCGCCAAGGGAGGUUGAAGAUCGCGGAGCAUCUAUGUGGCUGGAAGGGCCUGGUAGGAAGAGUGUGAUAUCAGCUUCUGGGAUACCCAAAUAUGCAUACAAAGAGCUGCAGAAGGCCACCAGCAAUUUCACAACACUAUUGGGUCAAGGAGCCUUUGGUCCUGUUUAUAAAGCUGAUUUGUCAUCUGGUGAAACUCUUGCUGUUAAAGUGCUUGCUAACAAUUCAAAGCAAGGUGAAAAGGAGUUUCAAACUGAGGUUUUACUUCUUGGACGAUUGCACCACAGGAACCUGGUGAAUUUGGUUGGCUAUUGCGCUGAAAAAGGGCAGCAUAUGCUAUUAUAUGCAUUCAUGCCUAAUGGAAGCCUUGCAUCGCACUUAUAUGGUGAAAACAUUGCACAUCUCCGGUGGGAUUUGAGGGUAAACAUAGCUCUGGAUGUUGCUCGGGGCUUGGAGUACCUACAUGAUGGGGCAGUUCCUCCAGUAGUUCACCGUGACAUCAAAUCACCAAACAUUUUGCUGGACCAGUCCAUGCAUGCCAGGGUUGCAGACUUUGGAUUAUCAAGAGAAGAAAUGGUUACUCGAAAUGGAGCCAACAUACGUGGAACUUAUGGAUAUCUUGAUCCAGAGUAUGUGUCCUCACGAUCGUUCACAAAGAAGAGUGAUGUAUACAGCUACGGCGUUUUGCUGUUUGAAAUGAUUGCUGGCAGAAACCCUCAACAAGGUCUAAUGGAAUAUGUAGAGCUUGCUGCAAUCAAUGCUGAUGGCAAAACUGGAUGGGAGGAGAUUGCAGAUUCUCGGUUAGAAGGCGCAUUCGAUGUGGAGGAGCUCAACGACAUGGCUGCUGUGGCCUACAGAUGCGUAAGCCGAGUUUCCCGCAAGCGCCCAGCAAUGAGAGAUGUUGUCCAGGCUCUGAUCCGUGUGGCGAAACACAGCCAGAGCAAGAAGCAUCACAAAAGGAGGCCUCCACCAGGUAGAGCAGACGAUGAAUCUGUCGACUUGGAAGCAUCCGAGGUUCAAUCUUCGCUCUCCGGCCAUCAGAGACAAGAAUCAGUUGGGAGUGUCUCUGAUCUUGCAGAUGUCUGACUGAAAUUGACAACACAACAUUUUCGGCUGUUCUUGUUCUUGGCACUUUCUUCUUUUUUGUCUGUGCAAUUCUUUUGUUUUGUUGAUAUUAAAAAUACUAGGAUCAAGGAUGACACAAUUGGAUAGAGAGAAUGCAGUUUUGAGCAUUAGUGGUGACUGGUAACUGGUGUAUGGAGAGAUGACAAUUUGUAAGUGUGAUGUAUAGACCUGCUUUGUAACCACUCUGAUAAUAGAAGCUGAUUGUUGCCUUAA